CAGAGUAAAGAUUCUGCAAGUCGAAGCAAGCAACUCUUGAAAUUCCGUCUCCUCUUCCAUGGCGAACGAAGCCGGCUCCUCCUCUUCGAACCUUCCGCCAUGCAUAAUUGAAGAAGAAGGUGAAGAGCAGUUAUUCGGCGCCGAAGCGGGAUGGGUAGAAGCCCUGACUUAUUGCGAUCACCUGGCUUCGCUGUCUUCCGACCUCGCUCACAUUCCGACCCCUGAUACUGCCUGCAGCGAAUGUCAGAAUCCCAAGGAGAACUGGUUGUGCUUAUGCUGCAAGAAUAUCCUCUGUAGCCGUUUUGUGAACAAGCACAUGCUUCAACAUUAUCAGCAAUCAACUCAUUGCCUUGCACUCAGCUACAGUGAUUUGUCGGUUUGGUGUUUCUCCUGCGAUGCGUAUUUAGAUGCACAAGUGAUUCAAGAACUACGACCAGUAUAUGAAGUUGCCUAUAUAUUGAAAUUCGGCGAGGCCCCACCAUUUCGUUCGUGUUAAUCAUCCUGCAGGGAGGACUGAAACUUCGGACUAGUGUUAUAGUUUUGAUAGUCUUGAUAUCUUAGAUGUCUUGGUCUCUUGGUUUGCAGAAGUGAGAAUUUCAAGCAAAUUGCAACGAUCUUCAAUAUGGAUUGGUUUGGGUUAUCAGAUGCUCAUGAUAAGGUGUUGAUGGUUUCUUUUACAGAAAUUUAGGGAUAUAUUGGAAUCUCCUAUCUUGUUCAAGAAAAUUGAAGGGAAUUUUUACUCAAUAACAUUAAUGAAAUCAGCCCUCCAUUUUUCUCAUUCUUUGUUUUCAAGCAGUUUCAAGUGUUGGCUUUUUGGACUGGAGAAAUUCUGCUUCUUUUUUGGCUGGAAAGAAAUUUCUAGGCAGUUUCAACUA